AUGGUAUUGACAGACUUUCAAGUAGCCAUUCCUUGCACUGGACAUAAAGAUGGUGUGGCUCACCUCAGUCUUGGCCUUCAGGUAUUUGACCACACUGGCAAAGCCAUUGAAGGGUCACCGAUAAAGUUCAGACUUCGAAAGCAUUGCAAAGCUCACGCUAUGUGUUUUCCGAAAUGUGAAAAUAAUGGGACCUGUAUAUCUCCUGAAAAAUGUGCCUGUCCUGAGGGUUACUACGGCAAGCAUUGUGAAAAAGCUUUAUGCAAAGAACGAUGUCAAAAUGGAGGUCGAUGUGUUAAGAAAGGUCACUGUUGGUGUGCCCCAGACUUUUAUGGUGAAGCUUGCCAAUAUCAGCACUGUAACAAAUCUCCUUGUAAAAACGGAGGGACCUGCGUUGGUAACAAUGUGUGCAGAUGUCCACCAAAAUUUUCCGGAACCAUAUGUGAAGUAGAGAAACGCAACAAGAAGAAGCGACGAAAGUGGAAGAGAAUAAAACGUAAGAAAAAGAAGGUCAGACGUAAACCGGUUUAA